AUGGGUCCAACUGGAAAGGGAGGAUUUCAUGCUUCCUCAAAUUUUCCCUUCAUCAAAUCACAAUAUUAUCUAAUCAUUGUUGUAUAUAUUAUCAUCAUAUGCACUUGCUUUUAUUACAUUCAAUUGGAUGAUUUCCAAAUAUCAAGUUUGAUUUCAGUUAAUCAAUUGGAAAGUAAUGUUUUUAAAAACUCGAGUCGACACAUUGAAACAGCCUUCAAACCAGCUUUAGGAAAGUUAGCAGAAAAGACCAAGACUGUACGAGGUCCUGUUGUCUUUGCUUCUUUAAUUAUUGCAAUUUUGACUUAUAUUGUGAUGAAUCACUUAAUUCCGAUCCUAUUGAAUUAUUGGGUCAUUUUGGAUUGGAGAAAGAAUCACACAGAGAAGGAUGAAUUACAAAACAAAAGUAGAGAAAUUGAAAUAUUGGAUUCUCCUACAAGUAGUGGAAGAAGAUAUAGUUGUAAAACUCAUUCUAAAUCUUCAUCUCAAGUUUCGGAAGAUUCCAAUUACAUUUCAACAACAACCUUUGAUAUUCAAAAUUCACAAACUAUUACCAUUGUCAGCUUUAUUUAUGCAACCUUUGUUUACCUUUCUCAGCCAAUUCAAAUUUGGUGCUUGAUUAUUAGUUUUGUUCAAUUAUUUGUCUUUCACACUGGUAAAUCAUUUUAUCCACUUGCAGUUUUUACAUUGUUCAUUGCAAUUGUUGAAACUAAGAGUCAAUUGACAAAGUGGAAGACUGAUAAGGAAAAGAAUGAGAGAAGAGUAAGAAUGGCAACAGGUGGAGAGAAACAAAGAGGUCAAUUAAAAUGUGGUGAUGAAGUUUUAAUUGGAAUUGGUGAAGAGUUACCUGCCGACCUUAUUUUGACUGAUAUUAUUGUAGAAGACACUGAUGUUCAAUUCAAAACUUCAAGAAAGCCUAUUCUCUACAUGAAUGAAGUUACAGUCACUGGUGAAAAUGAUCCAGUUAAGAAAUGCUUACUUCCAGAAUCUGUACACACAAUCAAAAUUGAUAACUUGCUUAUAAGAAGUGCUACAGUCAACUCUAAAUAUAUUCUGGAUGAGUCUUAUAUUGUAUUUGCCAACUCCAUGAUUGCCUCUGUAGAUCAAAAGAUUACCAUUAGAGGCAUUGUUGCUUGGUCUGGUACUGAAACAAAAGCUUUGCACUCUAGUGGAGCUACCACAUCAAAACAAGCAACUCCUUUCCAAGAGUAUACUCAAAAGGGAUUCUUUAUCAGUUUAGCCCUCAUGCUCUUCUUAUCAAUUGUUAACACAAUUGCCAGUUCAUUCUUUGGUGUUGAAGGUAAUGAGGAACAUUCAUUUGGAAAAGUCUUGAUUACUCAAAUUAUGUACAUUAACAUGAUGGUCCCUCAAGGUUUGGAACAAUUAAGAACCACCGUAUGUCACUUAUUAUCUUUCAACUUUAGAAGUGGAGUCAAGUGUAACAAUUCAUUGGCAUCUGAUGUAAUUGCCUAUGUGAAUCGUAUCAUUUCAGACAAGACAGGAACUCUUACAGUCAACUUGAUGCAACCAAAAUAUGCCAUGUUAUUCCUUGAUGAAGAAGAUAAUAUAAUCAACUUUGAUGAACAUCACAUUAUUUAUGAACAUGAUGUAAAAUGUGAAAUGGAGGUUACCAAAUGUCAUAAGGACAAUUGCUUUGCUAUUUUCAGUACUACAGGUGUAGAACCAGAAGAAAGAGCUAUCAGAAAAAUGGUCUCUCCAUACUCUAAUCUUGUUUCCCAUUGGCCUAUUGAUUCUCAAGAUAUUGAACCAGGUUUUGUGGAAUUUGAAACUUUAUGCUCAGAAAAGAGAGAAAAACAUCACUUAAAGAUUAUUUCAUUCUUUGGAUUCACUCGUGAAUAUUUGUGCAAGUCAUGUCUUGUUCAAGAUGCUAACACUGGAGAAUAUUAUGUCAGUGUUCAAGCUGGUGAUGAAUUGUUUUGGAGAGGAGAAACUGGUAUUACAACUCAUCCAUCUUCCAUUCACAAAAUUGAAAAGUGGACUAGUAUGCAUCAAUCUCAAGAUAAUGAUGACCAAUUAGGAUUGGGAGCUCCAAGAACAUGGAGUCAUGGUAUCAAGAAAAUUACAGAGUCAGAAGCUAAAACAAUCAUGACAUCUUGGAGAGACAGUUUCAUGAUUAAGGAUAAUGAAAAGAAAACUGAAACACAAUUAGAAAUUGUUAAGGAUGCUCUUAAGAACAUUAAAAUGACUUCCAUUACUUACAUGGUCGAUCGUUAUAGAGAUGGUGUCAAAGAAGGCAUCAAACAAUUGACCCAUGCCGGUAAACAAUUCUGCAUCUGUACAGGAGACUCUUAUAAGAAUGCUAAACUAAUUGCAACCCAUCUAUCACUGCCAAACCAUAUUAAUAUUUGCGGAUCUAAUGAAAGGGAAUUAUUGGAAUCUCUUGAAAAUGCUGAUGAAGAAACCAUGAAUGGUCCAUCUACAUUCUUUUUUGAUAGAUCUUGCAUGGAAUAUAUGAGAACACUCUAUGCCUCUCAAGGAUCCAAUUUCAAGGGACCUGUAUUUGAAAAGUUGCUUGACCUCAUCAAUAUGAAGAACAAGAAGAACAAGUUUGUCAACUCGAUUGUAUUUUGUAGAUCUACACCAGGUCUCAAAUUGUGGUGUGUCAAACUACUUCAGCAUUAUCACUCAAGAACAUUAUAUGAAAAGUUCUUCCACAGAAGAAAUUAUGUUCUUGCCAUGGGUGAUGGUACCAAUGAUCUUCAAAUGUUAAGAGCUUGUGAUAUCAGUUAUGGUGUCAAGUCUGGAGAAACUGAAGACGUUUGUAAACAAGCUGAUAUUUGGAGUACAGAAUGGGAGCCAGUUUUGGAUUUAUUAGCAAAGGACGGUUUAGAAAAAGCAAUUAUGCUUAGCACCAUGGUUAAGGCCACUUUCUGGAAACAUUGGUGCUUUGCCCUAGCAUUGUGGAGUGAUUUGAUUUUCCAAGGAUUCCCUCUCUAUCCAAAGGAUCCAACAGAUCCAAUGCUUAUGUUAGUGUUCAAUGGUGUAGUAUUUGGACAAAUUGCUAGUCACGUAUCAAGUGAUCUCGUUUCUGAUUUUUCUCAAUUCAAAAAGACAAAUAUGAUGAGUAUGAGAGCAUUCUUACGUUGGGUAUUUGGUGCAUCCAUGACAGCCAUGUUUACUGAUUGGAUUAUUAGAUGGUUCUUCCCUAGUGCCACAUCAGGUCAUUUUGGUGCUUAUGUUCAAGUUUCUCAAGCUGUUGGUAUUACUAUUUAUUUAUAUUUGACUACCAAUACUUGGAGUGAUGAUGAGGAGGUUAUAACUUUCCAAAAUCAGCUUGACAAGUUCAAGAAUUCAUCAGAUAUUGCAGCAUCUCCAAAAAGAACAACUAAGAUCAGUUAUUCUCGUCUCUACCUUUCUAUUUUCUGUGCUGUUGCAACCUUUGCUAUUUCAUUAUUCAUUAACAAACGAGUUGAAGACCAAAUUACCAAAUUUACAGCACUCUCCGUUAUAAUUCCAACUCUUGGAUACCCAGCCAUAUACUUGUUCAAGUGUUUUGUUCAUGACUUGCCUCACAUUGAAAAUUCAAUUUCAAAGCUUAAGGAAUUGGAAUUUAGCAAGCUCGUUGUUGAAUUUGUCAAGUUUUCUCACACUCCCCAUAUGAGAGUAUUGCCAGUAAUUGCCUUUUCUUUAUUGAUCAAAAUAUUAAGUGGUAUUCCAGUUAUUGGAGCAGUCACCAUUAUGACUCUUAGCGGUAUUGCCACUGUAUUCACAUUCUUGGUAUUUGUCAGUAGAAUGGGCUUUAUGAGGGCUCUUCUUGAUGGUAGAAGUGUUGCUGUGGGUUUGAUUUGUUUCUUGAUUGGUAUUUGGGUUGGUAGAAGCUCAAAGUUUUAAAUUGACUUAUUAAAAUAAAUUAAUUUAUU